UCCGAUUUUAAUGGCAAAAGACAGGUUAUGGAAAUUUGUAAACCCUGUAUAGAAAAGACAUCCUAUCGUCACUAUGGGAUCAGGUGUAUCCAUUUCAGGAUGUCAAUCUCUUUCUGCUGUGCAAGUUACAAAGAUUACCAACAGGAUUACCCCAGAACGUAAGGAGCAGAGGAAUAGCAGAGAUCCAGCAUGUCAUGUUUCCUCUUCAGAAGAGAAGUCACCAGAGGAAGGCGGAAUUCCUUUACUGAUCAAAGAAGCUGUGCAGUAUCUUUCCACCUUCGGUCUGGAGCACACGGGGCUGUUUAGAGUCACUGGUUCACUGAAGAAGGUAACAGCUUUGAAAGCAAAGUAUGAUGGAGGGGAGUCGGUGGAUCUAACACAAGACGGUGAUAUAGAUACUGUGGCAAGUCUUCUAAAACUUUGCUUAAAGGAACUCCCCAAAGGUGUUAUCCCUGAAUCCACACAGUCUUCCUUCAUCAUUGUUUACAAAGAUUACAGAUUGGAUGAAGAGGACUGCAGCAAACAUCUGAAACAACUGAUAGAAGAUCUCAGCCAGACUCACUUUACUGUGCUCCACUAUCUAUGCACUUUUUUCAUUAGGGUGGCUUCUUAUAGUGAAAUAAACAAAAUGACCUUGGAAAAUCUCUCUAUUGUUCUGGGCCCGAGCUUCUUCAGGGUCCCAUUCAGCCCUAAUAUUCAGGAGGAUCAGAACCUGUGUAAUGAUUUAUUAUUAUAUAUAUUGAGGAAUUUUCAGAAGUUAACUGCAGAUCGAGCUCAACAAGAAAACAUUGAGCAGGAAAAGCCGGUAUAUAAAGGUUUCAGCCAGAAAAUAUUCACUUCUGAAGACAACACUGCAAAUUUGAAAUCACUGGGAAGCACAUCACAAGCUGCCCUCUGCCUCCAGGAUAACUCCUUCAGCAGCCCAGCUGUAACCGAGAGCGAAUGUGACACCCCUUCCGUACAUGAGGACCAAACUGUCUGUUCCAAGCUCAGCAGAGAUGACAAUAACAAAGAAAACUACCCUCACAGAGCUCCCGAACUGGAGGAAAAUGCUGCAUGUUCCCGGGACCUUCCGCAUCACAUGGACAAGAAGCUGUUUGAUGGGUCCAGCAGACAUGGGAUUGGAAUCUUGCAGUCAAAGCAGCCAAGAUCAGGUGGCAGAUCAGACAAUGGGAAGAUACAUGAAGGAAACCAGGAAAUCGAGACUGUAAGUCAAUGCCUCCCCGAAAUCUGGACUACUAAAGGGAUGACGUCUCAGGACCUUGGCCCUCACGUCUCCUUCAGAGGAGCCACAGAUUUUCAGACAAGAAACAGUCCCAUAAUGCGGAUUCAGACAAAGGACUUUGGAGAGCAGCUGCAGCACGCCGGUGAGAUCCCCCGGAUAACAGUGACUGGAGCAGACCUGCUGAUAUACACACCUAGGCCACCACCAGUCAAGGAGGAGGUUGUAGUGCAGUCUCAUGGCUGCCGAGGAGCGACCAGUUCUCUGAUCCAGACCGUGCCAGGCGAGGCUGCCAACCAUGCAGAGCCAGUAUCUGUUCAUAGAGAGUCACAGAGUGAUUCCGACCAUGUGGCGGAAGAGAAUCGAAGCUUUGGGACCAGCCGUCUUCUGUUCCACAUCACUGAUGGAGACAAUCCAUUGUUGUCCCCUCGCUGUUCUAUCUUCAGUCAAAGUCAAAGGUUUAACUUGGAUCCUGAGUCUGCGCCAUCCCCACCAAGUGCUCAGCAGUUCAUGAUGCCAAGAAGUUCAUCAAGAGGAAAUUGUGAAGAUCCAAAAGAACCUAUGACUGUUAUACAACUCACCAAGCAAAUCCAGAACCUGAAGAAGAAGAUCAGAAAAUAUGAAGAUAAAUUUGAGCAGGAGAAAAACUAUCGUCCUUCUCAUAGUGAUAAAACCUCGAACCCUGAAGUCAUGAAAUGGAUGAAUGACCUGUCCAAGGCUCGUAAACAGCUCAAAGAGUUAAAGCUAAAAUUGUCUGAAGACCAAAAUGUGCCAAGAGCCACACUAAGUAAACCCUAUGAAGAAAGGCCGGUGGCAUCCAUUGUGGUGGAACAGCAUGACAUCACCAAUUCACCAAUGUCAUCUGUAGAGGAAACAGUUGAAACUGUAUGGAAGAGGCUAAAGGAGAAGAGACAGCUGCUCAACCUUCCUGAGAAUGUCAAGGAUAUGACAAAAAAGCAAAUGAAUCUUGAAAAAAUGAGUCUCCAGAAAUGUCUACUGUAUUUUGAGAAUAUUCAUGGACGCCCAGUUACAAAGCAGGAGAGAAGCUUAAUGAAACCGCUCUAUGACAGAUAUCGGAUUAUAAAGCAGUUAUUAUCCACCGCAUCCUUGAUUCCUACAAUUCAUGAAGAAGAGGACUCUGAUGAUGACAGCGCCCAGAAUUCAUCCAGUGAAUUUGUUCUGCCUGAACAGUCUGGAUUAGCUUCAGAUGAGCAUCUAACUUUCUGCAAUGAAGAUCUAGAACCUGCAUAUGUCUCUCCUCUGGAUGAGAAGCAAACUUUGCGUCAACCAGCGCUGUCUAUGUCUAACCUUCAUGAAGCAUCAAUGCCUGAACUUCUUGAUCACCUUCGUGAAACCAGAGCAGACAAGAAAAGAUUGAGAAAAGCUUUAAGAGAAUUUGAAGAGCACUUUUUACGACAGACUGGAAGAAGUGCACAGAAAGAAGAUCGGAUACCAAUGGCUGAAGAGUACUGUGAAUACAAACAGAUAAAAGCGAAGCUUCGCUUAUUGGAGGUCUUGAUCAGCAAGCAAGAUGUAUCUAAAACUAUAUAGAGCUGGUGGUAUUGAAGAAGGAUAAAAUUGCUGUAUUUCUGCACACUCAUGUAUGACACUGAAAUUCUGAUGCACUUUAAUAGUUACACACUACCUGAUAGGGAGAACAGUAGCGGGGACAAGGGAUGACGCAAAGCCGAGGCAAGCUAGGUUUUGUAGGACAUAGGCUGUUGAGUUGGUAAUCAACAGUGGGAAAACCAAAGGUGGACAUACUUGGCUUUGUCCCUGUCUCGAAUAGAGUUCUGCUGAAGGGCAUUAUGGAGGUAAGAGGUUGGAGGUCAAUAAUGGGGCUGAGUUAAUAAGGCUUUUACCAUUUUGUGUGUUGUUUUUUUUUGCCAAACGUAUGAUAUUUAAAGGUUGACAUGUUGAACUAGCUCCUCAAUGCCGUUUCUAAAAUCCGCUUCAUUGUCUGAAGUGCCUUUGAUAUGUUGUAGGCAUCCCCCACAGAGCAGAGAUCAGUCACAAUGUGUACAGUAACUUAAGUAGAAUAUUUCAGAGAAUAACCUAUUUAUGCCAUGUACAGGCUGUAUAUACUUAGGCUACAUGCACACCGACAUUUUUAACGGAUGUUUAUUUCACUGAUGCCUUUCUGAGAAACGGACGUUAAAAAUAGGUCCAUUCAAUUGUAUCGGGGCAGUCUGUCGGUGAAAAACUGACAAGAUAGAACAUGUUCUAUUUUUUUACGUCCAUUUUUCACUGACAGUCAAAAAAAAAAACUGCCGUGUGAAUAACCCCA